UUGCCGAGCGUUUGGAGAGAUUUAUUUACAUGCUGUAAAUGUAAGGUUUAAUUGGUAACAUUCCGCCGUCGACCCAUAUUGGUCUAUAAAACAGCUAUGGGCGAUAAAGAUCUGGAAAUCAGCUUACGUUAGCAAGCUGGUUAUCUUUUAGUCAGUUAGCUACAAUUGUCAGAAGUUGGCUAGUCCCAAGCUAGCUUACUACGUAGCUGACGUUUAGUACAGUGAGGGCAGGCUGCUGUUUAUUGUGAGCGUCUGAUCCACAGCUACAAAAACACCACGUCUGCCGAGCUGCUAGCACCGUGUUGACUUCCCUUGGUUUUGGACACGAGGAGUCGGUUUGAGACACCCGACCAUGGAUCCAUUUGACAGUAACAGUACAGAUCGAGCCAACCUGCCACGGAACAUGAUUGAGAACAGCAUGUUUGAAGAAGAACCUGAUGUUGUGGAUUUGGCCAAAGACUCCACAGCAUUUCCGACGUUUCCGGCCCUUGACCCGGAUGAGGUGGUUUAUGAGCCUCGCAGCUCACGGCUGCUGGUGCGUGGCCUGGGAGAGAAUGACAUGGACGACGAUGAGGAGGACUGUGAGUCUUCAGCCCGUCUGCUGGGCAUGUCCUUCAUGAACCGCAGCUCUGCUCACAGAUCCAGCUCUUCCCCUUACACCAGACAGGCUCCACCCAGGUCAUGUUCACGGCCCUCAGCCCGUACCAUGGUUGUCUGUGUGUUAAUCCUGGUAAUAGUGGCCUCCAUGACCAUGGUGCUGUACUUCCUACCAGGGUGCACCUUUACCAAGACGGGUUGUCCUAAGGCGAAUAAAACCACUCCCUUUGAGCCGGUCUACCCUGUGUCCACCAAUGGCGAACUGUUCCCUUGGGCACAAAUGCGACUGCCUCAAAGCAUACAUCCUCUCAGCUAUGAACUCACCCUGAACCCUGACCUCACCAACAUGACCUUCACUGGCAACACUGUUAUCAGCAUGUUAGUGUAUCACAACACCAACCGCAUCGUCCUGCACAGUGCUAACCUCAACAUUACCAAAGCUACAUUCAAGCUGGGUGAUGGGAAGGCCAGAGAUGUAACUGUACUUGAGUACAAACCCAGACAGCAGAUAGCUAUUAAGUUCCCUGAAGACCUGAAGGUGGGCCAGCACUGUGUUUUGACUCUGGACUACUUUGCCAACCUGUCACACACCUAUGAUGGUUUCUACAACAGUUCCUACACUGAUAAGGAUGGAAACAAAAGGGUCCUAGCUGCAACCCAGUUUGAGCCGUUAUCAGCUAGGAAGGCCUUCCCUUGCUUUGAUGAGCCAGCUUUUAAAGCAACCUUUAUGAUUAAAAUCAGUAGACAACAAAACUACACAACCCUCUCCAACAUGCCUAAGGCUAAAACCACAAAACUCUCCAAUGGACUCCUGCAAGACGAGUUUGAAAAGACCAGUGUCAACAUGAGUACCUACUUGGUGGCCUUCAUCGUCGCUAACUUUACUCCUAUCAACAAAACUGUCUCUGAAACUCUGGUGUCUGUAUACUCUGUGCCAGAGAAGAAGGAGCACACUGACUAUGCUCUGGACACAGCGUCCAAACUGCUGGACUUUUACAAUAAUUUUUUUGAAAUUAAAUACCCCCUUAAAAAACUAGGUGAGUACAGCCACACACUUGUACCAUUCACACACAGGCUUUUCAUUCUCCUCCGAUUAUGCUUUCUUUUUACCCCUUUUUACACAGUGCAAUAUUCUCCCUCUUCCUUUUUGUCAGAUUUGGUUGCCAUCCCAGACUUCCUGGCAGGAGCCAUGGAGAACUGGGGUCUGAUUACCUUCAGAGAGACCAGCCUGCUGGUGGGGAAAGACUCCUCUCCUCUGGAAAAACAAGUAGUCGCCUCUGUAAUAGCACAUGAGCUCGCUCAUCAGUGGUUUGGGAACCUGGUAACCAUGAGCUGGUGGAACGACCUCUGGCUCAAUGAAGGCUUUGCCACUUACAUGCAGUACAUGUCACUGCAGACUUUGUUGCCCCAGCUGGAUAUUGGUAAUUUGUUCCUGGCAGUACGGUUCAGAGCGUUGGACAAAGAUGCACUCAACUCCUCCCAUGCCGUUUCGACAGAGGUGAACACUCCGGAGCAGGUGGAAGAGAUGUUUGACUCUGUCUCUUAUGAGAAGGGUGCAUCCAUUCUUCUGAUGCUGAAUGCCUCCCUGCCAGGGGAUCAACAGUUCAGAAAGGGAAUCAUUCAAUACCUAACACAGUUCAAUGGCUCCAACACAGACACUGAUGACCUCUGGAACAGCCUCACACAGGUCGAGGUCUCUGCUCACCACCAAAAUAUAUCAGAGAUGAUGAGCUCAUGGACAUCACAGAAAGGAUUCCCAUUGGUAAAUGUAAUUCGCAAGGGAGAUGAAGUGACCCUCACACAGGAGCACUUCCUACUCACAUCUGACAAUGCCACGCAUACUUCCAGCUUGUGGAAUAUUCCAGUGACGUAUGUAAACGACAACUGCAGUUUGGCCCCUGAGUGCAGACAAGUGUUCACUUUGAAGACCAAGUCAGAGACUCUUAAGGUGCCAGAAAGUGUAAAGUGGCUGAAGUUAAACUACAAAAACACGGGAUUCUACAUUGUCAACUAUGGAGACGAGGGUUGGACUGCACUCGUAGAUGCCUUGUCCAACAAUGUCAGUGUUCUUACUAGUGAGGACCGUGCCUCACUUAUACACAACAUCUUUGCUCUCUCCAGACUGGGACGUGUGUCCUUCAAGCAAGUCCUCAACCUUUUACGUUACAUGUCUAACGAAACUGAGACUUCUCCUGUGACAGAGGCCUUGUUACAGCUCAACAGAAUCUACCAGCUGCUCAACAAAAGACAGGAGCAAGAUCUUGUGGCCCGCAUGAGCAAAUAUAUUGUACAUCAGUUUGGUUCUCUGAUGAGUAGCCAGUCAUGGGGAGAGGAGGAGAGUGUGUCUAAACAGGAGCUACGCUCAGCCGUUCUGGAGACGGCCUGUAGUCUGAACCACGAAAAUUGCACUCAGCAAGCCAAAGCCCUGUUUAAGCAGUAUGUCGAGUCCAAUGGGACUGUUCGGAUCCCAGGUGACCUACAGCAAGUUGUGUUCACUGUGGCUGCUCAAUCAAAGGAAGACUGGGAGACUUUGUUCAACAUUUAUGCACAUGCCACCUAUGAUGCAGAGAAGCGAAAAAUGCUACUGAGCCUAGCAUCCACUCAGGAUGCCCGCAGUAUAGUAUGGAUCUUGAAGGCUGGUCUGAAGGGGGACUUCAUCCCGACACAGGAGUUGCCUUUGGUCAUCAACACUGUGUGUAAUGGCUUUGCUGGCUACUUGUUUGCCUGGGACUUUAUACAAAAUAACUGGGACCAGCUCAUAGAGAAGUUUCCUGUGGGCUCCUUUGCCAUUCAGAGAAUCAUCAAGGCCACCACCUCGCAGUUCUCCACACAGGCACACCUUGAUCAAGUGCAGGGUUUCUUCUCCAGUUUGAAGGAGCGCGGCUCUCAGAUGCGAAGCGUUCAGGAAGCUUUGGAAACCAUCAGGCUGAACCAGCGCUGGAUGGAGAGGAUCAUCCCUACACUUCAACAAUGGCUCUAAUACAGGCACUCCAUCCAGUCUCUGCCCCACUAACAGUUGUCCUAGCAACUGGGGCAUGUCGUCAAGACAACUGCAAUGUUUGCACUAUUGUAGGACUGCGUCUCCUAACUCCCUUUAUCCAGGCCAGAGUACUAAUCGAAGCCAAAGGUUGUGCUCUACCUGGGUGGACAGGGUGUUUUAUGUUAUGACAUUGGUCCUGUGAGAUGUAGUUGCUAGCUCAGGGUGGCUCUGAUUGUGCAUCUGGCAGAGUGAUGUCAGAUGCAAACUCACACUCCUCACACUUUAUGCUGUCGACCAAACCUCUCCUCUGCAGGUCUCAUCCGAACCUCAUGCCUGGGCAGACAAUCAUGCUUUCAGAGAGCAGCGCUUCACCCACACUCCUUUUGCUCAGCCUGCUCUCAGGCACUUAACUGUGUGAGCUGUUUAAUGGCCACUUAUAAAAGUAUGAAGAAUGUCAUAUUUAAAGUAUGUGCUGUGGACUUUUUCUCUAUCAUGGGACAUUGAUGCAGCUGUCAGAGAUUCCUCAGUGAUGAAAUGUUGAAUAUACCGGUACUUGAGGGGUAGAAUUACUAUUAGAUUUAAACUAACCUUGCAUUGCUGUGUUAUGCAGAAUCUGUGUAGAAAUAAUAACAGCCUGUCAUUUUGUACUUAUUCAUGCAACCUGAAGCAUUUACUAUGUUAGUAAUGGUUUGAUGAAAGAGGGGGUUGGUUGAUUAAUAGCUUAAAAUACCAAACGUGUUGGCAUCAGUUGAAUGUACUGAAAAACCUUCCCACUGUGUACAGUAGGUGGCGUAUUGCAUAGGAGUGCAGGUUUAAAUCAGCAACCAUAGUGUCUUAGAUGAGAGCAGGAAGUACACACUGGAGCUAAAUGCUCAUUUCUUUCUUUCUCGCUUUAUUUCUCUACCAGUCACAAGCCCAGUUUAGCUCUGAUCAUACAAGUGUUAUUUUGGUUGCUUUUUACCUGCAGCACAGCCACUGUACAGACUCAUUCUUAAAUCCAGUGUGCUUGCCAACUUGUAGUUAUACUGUAAAUAUACUCAACCUUGCUAAAUUUUCACCCUGCUGUUUUGGAUGUACUGUUUUAAACAUCUUGACUUUUAAUAUUUUAAGAUUUGCUUUAUGUUGUGUAUAUAGAGUGUAAAGAGGAAAUGUAUACAUAGAAAUGGUCAAAUUCUCGUUACUGUAUAUCUUGAUUUACAUCACCGCAGGGAGGUCAUUUGCUGAUGAAUGUUUGUGUUUUUAAGGGCUAAUGUGCAUAUUGAAGAUACAAAGUGUGUAGGAGAACAUCUAUAUUGGGCAUGACGAAUCUGUCCAGUAAGCUGUUCCUCAUCAGCCAAAAUAAAAAAACAAGGUUUAAAGUUACUAUGACGUUAAUUAGCUGUAAACCAGAUGUGACGCUCCUCAGAGUGAAGAGUAGCAUAGUAUUUAUUGAGAGGGUGUCUUUACAUGUUUCGCUGACUUUUGUUCCAAAAUGUAUUUAAUUACAGUUGUACACUCAUCCUGAGUUUCUGUUGUUGAAGUGGUACUGCUUACUUAUUCACUCCAUCACUGUCAUGGUGUUCAGGAUUAUUGAUCUCCAAUAGAUUUGAUCGUUUUGCUUUGACGUGUGUCAAGCUUUGCUUCUGUUUUUGGCUGUCACAUUAUAUUUGUCUCAUUUAGUGUAAAAACUCUGCUAGCAUUUACAAGUUCAUAUAAGAAUUACCAAUGAGUGUCAUAAAGGACAUAAAGGAGGUAACUCUUACUCAAGUUCAGUCUCGGAUAGUGGUACCUCCGGUCUGGUGAUGUUGUCAUUCCACACUGUUGAAAAGAGAAAAAAAGUACUAAUGAUCAGACUGUACAUUUUGUGUUUUCUUGAAGUUAAGCUCUGUCUGGAGGAUGUCAGCAGUAUUGUCAUUGACUCAUUCCAUCUGAUCCCUCAUAGUCUCACAAACAGUUUGAUAAUGUGUUUAACUAGCCUUUAAUAGACCUUUAAAUACAAAUUACAUUUAUGUCCCGGCUAAUUAUGAAUCAUACUUUGGGAGAUGUUGGUCAGUCUCUGAUUUCCAGUUCUCACCAAUCAGUUCAGAUAAUCAGUUUAAUUGAGGUUCUGGGACAUUGAUUUCCCAUCAUAUCUUGGUUUGAAAUCGACUGGACCACGUGGACUCAGUUGCAAUAACCUUUUCAGAGACAGGUGAUGUCAUUCAGGUACAAUUUUGUUGGUGAGAGGAUUGUAGUACCAUGCGUGCAGUAAACCCAAUCAGAUUGUUUUUUUCUUUGUUGUUGUUUUUUUUGCACUGGGAUUAAAUGCUGCAGAUGCUUUUUAAACUAUUGCUCUUCAUGUGAACAAAUUAUAAAUAAAAAUUGUUUUCUG